AAGUGGCUAAAGCGAUUCAGUUUGCGUUGACGUGUUUUAUUUAAAUAUCCGUGGAUUCUGUGUUGGUGGAUCGAUGAGGUCGAUUUCUAAGUAGUCGUGAAAGUUGAUGUCACCGGCGCCGUGAGGGUGGUGCUCGCCUGGAAGACCCCCAACAGGAUGUUGCUUGAAAUACUUGUGGGCUUCCUGUGCGCCGUUUCCGCUGCAGAAGAAGACGCGGUUCCCCCUCUGCUGCUGGUGUCCUUCGACGGUUUCCGAGCGGACUACUUGAACCGGUUCCCCAUGCAGAACCUCAAACACCUGUAUAGUGAAGGCGUUCUAGUGAAGGAACUCACCAACGUCUUCAUCACCAAGACGUUUCCCAACCACUACAGCUUAGUUACAGGACUGUUCGCAGAGUCCCACGGCAUUUUGGCGUCCAACAUGUACGACCCUGUCACCCACAAGCACUUCAACAUCAGGAAUGACAGCGACCCGUUGUGGUGGAGCGAGGCCGAACCCCUCUGGCUCACCGCUCUCGACUCCGGCUACAAGACAGCGGCUGUUAUGUGGCCCGGCUCGGACGUUCUGAUUGGCAAUCGCACAGCCACGCACUUCUUCCCAUACAACCCCAACGUGACGUUCCGGGAACGAUUAGGGAACGUGACGAGCUGGAUGUUGGGGAACGGAACGGAACCAGGAGUGAUGUUUACAGCGCUGUACUGGGAGGAACCGGACCGAUCGGGUCACAUUUUUGGCCCUGACAACACAACAGCAAUGGCUGAAGUACUUAAGGAGGUUGACGAUAAUGUCGGCCUGCUGGUGUCAGAGCUGAAGCGAACCGGCCUCUGGGGACGUAUUAACCUCAUCAUAACCAGCGACCACGGCAUGGCUCAAUGCUCCAACGAGCGCCUCAUCCGAUUGGACGACUGCCUCCACCCCGACAACUACACACUGGUGGACCUCACACCUGUGGCGGCCCUCAUUCCAAACGGAGAUCCAGAUGCUGCGUUUGACCUGCUGAAGAAGUGCCACCCCCACAUGACUGCAUACUUGAAGAACGCCAUCCCUGAUAGGCUACACUACCGGAACAAUGAACGCAUCCAACCACUUAUACUGAUUGCCGAUGAGGGUUGGACCAUAGUCCAACGAGGGAACAAGCUGCCGCGAAUGGGUGAUCAUGGCUACGACAACUCCCUACACAGCAUGCACCCCUUUCUGGCUGCAGUGGGGCCCAGUUUCCAUCGGGGUGUCCAAAUAAAAAGUUUACAGAGCGUGGACGUUUACCCGCUUAUGUGCAGCCUGUUGUCGGUGCCGCCGCGAUCCAACAACGGCUCGCUGAACCAUUCGCGGUGCCUCCUGGCCCAUGAGAGCUGCUGGACUCUCUCCCAAGUGAUUGUGCUGGUGGUGGGCGUCCUGCUUCUACUCUCUUUGAUCACUGCUCUGUUCCCUCUGAUGAGCUCCCACCUCUCCUUGCUCCAGCGGCCGUUUCAGAGGCUGCGCUCGUGUAACAACGACGAUGACGACGACUCGUUGUUGGAGUAAACCGAUCACUCGUGUGUCGCCCGCCGCCAUGGGUGUUCCACGCACCUUACUGCCUUUCUUGAGUGUGCACGAUCACCCUGCUGGUCAAAGCCUCAGGUCUGCUUCCUCUCUACAACACAAAGAGGUGUUAUCCUGGGAGGAUGCUGUUAUUGUGGAUGUUACUGCUUUUUAUUAUUGUUGCUUUUUGUGGAAUGCUUCUUUUUGUCAGUAGAGGGAGCCCCUAGCCAGUUAAAGUCCUGCUCCUCCUGAGAGCUUUUGGAUUGUUCUGUUCUCUCAUAAAUGGAUUCCUGUAACACUGGAUAGCUUGGACGACCAAAAACCUAAACAUGAGUUUAGUAAUAUGUGUAAAUCAAGUCAUCAGGCUGCACAGAUGUUGGUUUAGACAUAAACUUUACAGCCUUUUAGGCUGUUUGUACACCAUGCAUUCAGAGAUUACCUCGACUGUGUUGAAUGUUUUUAACUAAAUGUUAGUGGACAUCUACCCGCUUUAAAAAAAAAAAAGGACAUUAUUUUAAAAAUUGUCACUUUCUUAGCACUUUUUUGCAUUUGUUUGACAUCAGUGUGUUCAGAUCAUGGAUACAGAAUUUUUACAUUUUCUCAUAAUCAGGUCAACAGAUGUGGUUUAAGACCUCAUAAGUGAAUUUUUACAACUGUUUCUUUCAAAUGGGUUGAAGAUCUUUGCUCAAAGUAUCAACUCCAAAACAAAAGAGAUUAAAACUACCUGAAACAUCUUACUUACCUUCUUAAAAUGGGUAAGACGUUGUAAGACGGGAAGGGAACUUGCUGGUCUGUGAGUCGCGAACGUCUUUGAGCUGCUGAAUAGUCCAAAAUUAAAUUGGUAUUUUUAUUACAUGCAAAUAUAAAAAUACAUUAGAUACAUGCUUUUUAAUUGUUUUUUUAUCCAAAGUAGUUCCUUAUAAUUCCUGGCUAUUGGACAUGUUGACAGCAUCAUCAAUAUUUGCUUCGAAAAGUCUUUGGUCAUACUUUAGUAGGCUUUUCUUCUCUUCAUAUUUCCGUAGUUUUCAUCUUUUUUGUGCUAAAAUUAAAUAAAUCUCCUGAAAAACACUUGAAAGUUUUAGAUUUAAAAAAAAAAAAA